UCCAUGAAAGGUCUCGAAAGAACUUGCCUUGUGAGUGACAGAGACACCAAGAAGUACUCCUGAGCAAUGAGUCUACUACAGAACGAUGGAAACCAAGAAAAUCACAACAAGGAACUGGUGGACUCUCGGUCUGGUUCCUGGCAUCACUGCCAUGACCAUGCGAUGGCCUAUGAGAGCAGGAAGAGGGAGCAACAGCAGGCCAGCCACAAGCUCUACAUGGCAUCCAUGAUAUGCCUCGUCUUCAUGAUUGGAGAAGUUAUAGGUGGCCGAAUCGCAGGAAGCCUCGCUGUGAUGAUGGACGCAGCUCACAUGUCGGUUGACUUGAUGAGUUUCCUGAUCAGCCUCUUCUCUCUUUGGCUGUCAUCGAAACAGCCCAGCAAGAGAUUAACGUUCGGAUGGCACAGAGCAGAAAUCCUUGGCGCUUUCCUGUCAAUGUUGAUCAUUUGGGCAGUGACCGGCAUGCUGACAUAUUUCGCUGUCAGGAGGCUGCUGCAUCCACAUUAUGAAAUCCAAGGAAUGGUAAUGCUCAUCACAUCUGGCUGUGCAGUAAUGGCCAAUGUGGUAUUAAGUCUGAUGUUGCACCAGACGGGGCAUAGACAAGUUCGAAACGGCCAUCACGCCUCCUAUCAUUUAUCGCGACACAAGCCAGCUUCUGGGAAUGCCAGUGUAAGGGCAGCUUUUAUCCACGCUGUCGGAGAUCUGUUUCAGAGCAUUAGUGUGCUAAUUAGUGCGCUCAUAAUAUUCAUUGAGCCAGAAUACAAAAUGGCUGACCCAAUCUGCACAUUUGUAUUCUCCGUAUUUGUUCUGGCAACCACCAUCACCAUUUUACGGGACAUUUUGUUGGUGUUAAUGGAAGGAACACCAAAGGGAAUGAGCUAUGACACAAUCAAAGAGAUGAUUCUAGCAACGGAUAAAGUGAAAUCUGUUCACAAUCUUCAUCUUUGGUCUCUAACAAUGAACCAGACCAUUUUAAUGGCUCACGUUGUUACAGUGGAUACUGCAGACGAGCAGCAGGUUUUGAAAGAGAUGACCGAAGUGCUCUUCGAUGCUUAUAAUUUCCACACGGUCACUCUUCAAAUUGAACCGGAAGGAGCCCAAAAACCAGAAUGCAUUUUUUGCCAAGAUCCAAGAGACUAAGAUGAGCAUUUGUCCUUUGAGGGGGAGCAAUGGCUGCUAAUGCACUGGAUGCGGAUAGUUUGC